UCGUUUAUAAAAGGAAGCAGCCGUGCCAGUUCCUAGCAACAUGUUCUCCUGAGGUUAGGGUUCUUCAGAGAUAGUUGACCAAAAAAAAAGGGUUCUUCAGAGAUAUGUUUUUUUAGCAGACGAUCUCUAGGAACUUGAAGUGGAAGUUUAAAUAUUACUUUUGAUUCUCAAAGUAGUUUCCAAAUUUUAAUCGAUGGAAACAAUAUCUAUGCAACAUUCAUCGAAUAAACAUGUUUCGGGUACGAGACAAUUCAAGAACCCUAGAAGGAGGAGUUCUCGUGGUUCACCGGCUCUUCCUCGUCAACCGCCUAGUUACUCUCAGCCUCCUCCUCUUCUCCCUCUUCCACGUGUCAACAGCUCUUCUCUCCCUCCGCAACGCGUCAACAGCUCUCGACCACGUAUGAAGACUCUCCCUUGCGCUCAGGCAAGAGCAACGUCCGAAACACAGCAGAAGAAAGUAGAGUACGUUGAAUCCGUUCCAAGACUAACUCGAAACGGUUCGGUUCCGGUCCUGUCUAACCACCCGGGUGAUUUACCGAAAGGAUUUGAUGGUUAUCCCGGUCCAGCGAUCAUUUUAUUGUCUCCUCCGCCGAGUAGUUUGCCCAUGCCUAGGUUUUCUAUCAAACCGAAACUCUGUUGCAACGCAGAAGCUGCCGGGAAAGUUAAUGACGUGGCAUCCGAUGUCAUCCGGCGAGUUUUACACCUCCGGUGAAAGGCGGUGCUACGUUAAUGUUGACGAUAUUACAAAUAAUAUCAUCCCACUGGACUUUAUGGGUUGGGUCUGUUUUGUUUUUUAAAGUGACAGAACUCUCUCUUUUGUCUGAUUAAAACCUUUUUAAGGCUUUGUUGCACAAAGUAGUCUUGCCAGAAUGUUGUUGUUUUCUCUCUUUUUUUUUUUAUUCAAUACAAAUAAAGUUUCUGUUGAAUUCAGAACAUAAACGUAAAUACACAUUU